AUGAUAACCUUUAACAAUCAAGCUAAUAAUGUGGCUGAAGCCAGUUUUGUUAUUGCCUGGAAUAUUGCUAGUGCAAAACGCCCGUAUGAAGAGGGAGAGUUUAUUAAAAACAACUUGGAAGAUGUACUUAAAGUUUUAGAUCCAAAUAAUGCAGCAUUGCACAAAGCUGUUUCGCAAAUUCCCAUCUCGAGACACACAACCGAAAGACGCAUAACUGCAAUUAAUACAUCUCUUGAAUAUAAUUUAAAAAAUGAUUUGAAGAACUGUAUUGCGUUCAGCUUAGCCCUUGAUGAAUCGACAGAUAUCACAGAUCUUCCGCAAUUGGCAGUUUUCAUACGUUUCGUUUCACCUGACUUCGUUGUUAAAGAAGAAUUAUUAGAUUUAGCAGCACUUCGAGAUUCAACCCGCGGUGUAGAUAUUAAAAAUGCAUUAGAUUCCAUAAUGAAAACUUUUGAUGUGCCUCUUAAUAAACUUGUAAGCAUUGCAACUGAUGGAGUUCCGGCAAUGCUGGGUAAAAAAAUCGGUCUUAUUAGGCUUUUAAGAGAUGAUUCUCAAAUUCUCGUUACAAAAUAUUUAAAAUAUCCUGAUGUCAUAAAAACAGUGUUACACAUUGUAAAUUACAUUCGCACCAAUGCAAAAAAUCAUCGACAAUUCAAAAAUUUCCUUGAAGAAUUAAAGGACGAAGAACUUCCAAAUGACAUUAAUUUCUUUUGCAUUGUUAGAUGGUUAUCUAGCUACAACGUAUUAAAUCGUUUUGUGGAUUUGUUUGAUCCGAUAACUGCAUUUCUAAAAGAAAAGGAAAUAACCUAUUCAGAAUUAGACGAUGACGAGUGGUUACAAGACUUAAUGUUUUUGACUGAUGUCAUCGAACAUUUGCAAACACUGAAUUUACAAUUGCAGGGGAAAGAUAAAAUAAUAUCUGACCUCUCACAGUGUAUAUUUAGUUUUCAAACUAAAUUAUAA